AUGAGGUGGCAUAUAUUUGUUUCAGAAGACCAAGCAGUUACAUAUGAAUUGAAGAUAAAUCAGCUAGAGGAAUUUGAAGAAGCCUUUAAAAAACUGGGUGAUCUGUUGGGUGUGACUGAAGUUGAAAAAAUCGUGGAAAUUUUCAUAUCUAAAGAAGCCGAAAUAAACCGCGCAGUGGAAUACACAAACGCCCAGGAUUUUGACUGUUCAAAAAUCAAAGAAGAAAUUGAUCAACUUGAAGAGAAAAAGGUCCAAACUCUAGACGAAAUGAAGGCUAACGCUAAACUCUUUCGGGAGCAAAUAUUGCACCUGGACGAAAAGUACACAAAUGCAAAGGCGAAGGCGGUGGCUUUGGCGAGAUCACUCAGAAGGGCAAGAAGGAAGGCUAAGCACGUUCUUAGAGGGAUCAAAUUUCUCACAGUAGUCGUACAUCUCGACACCGACGCAGAAGCUGAUUUGGACUCGUCACCGCAGGGUAGAGUGGAGAAAACAAUGAUGGCGUUGGAGCAACGGAUUGGCCAAAUUUACGACCUUUACAAGGCGCUGAAAAAUAAGUCGGAAGAUGGUAUAACCACAAAAGUGCCUGACACCCCAACAAAUCUUCAAACUGAUUCUGCAAUCAGCGAAGACAGUGCAACCACAGAUGGGAUAGAUGAUCUACCAUCAGUAGGAGAAACAUUUGACGAGAUUUCCGUGGAUUCGGGAAACAUAUCGCAGCCAAUCAGUGAGGCCCAACUCCGAAAGUUGAUGCUCUGA